AUGUUUGCGCCCGACGACUUCCUCCCCUUAUCUCCCGUCCGCCAGACACUAUCUUCAAUUGAAGAUCAAAUGGGACUUCCGGCGCCUAAUAUCACUUCUUGCAACAUUGCUAAUUGGGAUGGCGCCAGAAGGACGGCGGCGACGAAACCAUUAACCGGAGGAGACAUUGAGGAGCAACGAGAGACAAAGGACGAUGACGCAAGGAAGAAUGGAAUAUAA